AUGCAAUGUAAGGUCCAGCUCAAGAUUCAGAUUAAAAUCCAAUUUGUUUAUGAAUACCACUGUAGUGAUAAAAUGCUUUCCAAUCACAACACCAUUAAUACACUCAACACUUAUCACUAUAAACACUGUUUUUGGCCUAAAUGUCAUUAUAAGACACCAUUUGAAGUUGAUUUAAAUAAACACCAAUUAAUUCAUUCAAAUUCUAAACAAUUUAAAUGUAACAUCAAUAAUUGUAGUAACAUGUAUAAGACAAAUUCCCAUCUAAAUAAUCAUAAAAAUGGCGUUCAUUUCAAUAAGAAGUUUGUAUGCGAUUGGAGUGAAUGUCACAAACAGUUUGCAACAAAAGAUGGUUUAAAUCAACACAAACGUUGUGUUCAUUUGAGUGAAAAGCGUUUCAAAUGUAAUGAAGAAAAGUGUGGAAAAAGAUUUUACGGAAAAUCAUACCUUAUUUCACACAAACGCAUACAUUCGGGUGAAAAACCAUUUGUUUGCGAUUUCAUUGAUUGCCGCAAAUGUUUUACUCAAAAGUGUGGUUUAACUCAACAUAAGAAAAGACACCAUUAA